AUGGCCCAGGAUGUGCGGAGAGAGACGCCACUGCAGUUCAAACUCAGGGUCAAGUUUUUCCCAGAGGACGUGUUCGAGGAGCUGAUCCAGGACGUCACACGGCGCCUCUUCUUCUUACAGGUGAAAGAGGACCUUCUGUCAGAGGAUAUUUACUGUCCCCCAGAGACUGCCGUGCUCCUCGCCUCAUACGCCGUUCAGGCCAAGUUUGGAGAGUACGAUAAGUCCGCACACCAGACGGGGUACCUGGCCAACGAGCGCUUGCUGCCAAAGAGAGUUCUGGACCAACACAAGCUGUCCAAAGAGCAGUGGGAGGAGAGGAUCCAAGCUUGGCACCAGGAGCACCGCCACAUGCUCAAGGAGGAGGCUAUGAUUGAGUACCUGAAGAUCGCUCAGGAUCUGGAGAUGUACGGAGUGAAUUAUUUUGAGAUCAAGAACAAGAAGAGCACCGACUUGUGGCUGGGAGUGGAUGCUUUGGGACUCAACAUUUACGAGAAGGAUGACAGACUUACUCCAAAGAUUGGAUUCCCCUGGAGUGAAAUAAGAAAUAUCUCCUUUAAUGAUAAGAAGUUUGUGAUCAAGCCUAUUGACAAGAAAGCCCCAGACUUUGUUUUCUAUGCCCCUCGCCUGAGAGUGAACAAGCGGAUCCUGCAGCUGUGUAUGGGGAACCAUGAGCUGUACAUGCGCCGCCGCAAAACUGACACCAUCGAAGUUCAGCAAAUGAAGGCCCAGGCCAAAGAGGAGCGUCUGCAGAGGAAGAUGGAGAGAGAUCAGUUGGAGAGUGAGAAGAAGAGAAGAUCGGACAUGGAGAGAGAGAAGGAGGAGAUGGAGAGAGAGAAACGGGAGUUGAUGAUGAGACUUCAGGAGUACGAGGAGACCACCAGGCGAGCUGAGAGAGAGCUCCAGGAGCAGUUGGACCGAGCACAGCGUCUGGAGGAGGAGCGUCAGCGUGUGGCGGAGGAGGCGGCCCGACUGGAGACUGAGCGCAUGGAGGCCAUUAUCGCCAAAGAGGAGCUGGCCCGACAGGCAGAGGACCAACUCAAGAACCAAGAGCAGCUGGCGGCUGAGCUGGCCGAGUACGAAGCCAAGAUCGCCGCUUUGGAGGAGGCCAAGAGAGUCAAAGAGGAGGAGGCGGACACAUGGCACAGCAAGGCCAAAGAGGUGGAGGAGAGCCUGGUCCGCACAAAAGAGGAGCUGCAGACAGUCCGGAGGUCUAACUCUCGUGGUGGGUCUUCUUCUUCUUCUUCGGACAGUGAGAGUGACCACGAGCACAGCGAGGAGAACAGCACCUACAGCGCUGAACUGCACCAGAACGAAAUCAAUGACCACCACGAGGAAGAGGAGCGGCUGACCGAGGCUGAGAAGAAUGAAAGACUCCAGAAGCAACUCCAGGCCCUGAGCUCAGAGUUGGCCACUGCUCGCGAUGACAACAAGAAGACAGCCAAUGACAUGCUCCACGCCGAAAACGUGCGUGCCGGUCGGGACAAAUAUAAGACCCUUCGCCAGAUUCGUAUGGGCAACACCAAGCAAAGGAUUGAUGAGUUUGAAGCUUUGUAGAUGCAUAUGAAAUUCGAGAUGUAAAAUACCUCGCAAAGUCUGGUCUGUCCACUUAAAUUAAAAUAUAUUGGGUGAGACUUUAGUUUAGGGAUCACAUAUUAAUGCUAACUAAGUGGUAUUUGUUAUACUAAUUAGCUGUUACUUAGCUAUUAGUUUGUAUUAUCAAACACUUAUUAUGUUUAUUAAAGCUGCACUAUGUAACUUUAUUGUUGGUUGUGCAUCAUCUUCUGGUUUCUGUGGAAAUGUCAUUGCUCUGCUUGGAAUGUUCCACAGUAUGACAUUAAAUAGAUCUACCUUACAUGUAUUCAAUUACAGGUCAAAAAUACCUAGAAAAAUAAGAAUUCUGACUAUGAGCGUGGGUCGCCUCUCCACAGAUCUGACCUGUAACUUGGUCUGAUUUGGUCUCCAUAAAGAUAGAAAGGUUUAAAAUUGUGAAACAUUCCAGUCAAAACAAUAACAUCUCUGUGGAGAAAAGCAUUUGAUGGACUCUCCACCAGAAAAGUUACACAAUGCACCUUUAAAAUUUUAGUGUAUGUACAAAAAUAUCUAUUGUAAUCCCCACUACUUUAAUGGAAAAAAAAGUUAGUAGGCUUAAUACUGCAAACUACAGCCUUAGACAAAAAUACAUUGAAAGUACUUUAUAAAUACUAACAAAGAUGCAAUUAAGCACUUCUCAUGCAUUUUACUAUUAGCUAGCUAUUAAUAUGUGAUCCCCAAACUAGUGUUAGCAUAUAUUGUUUUUAGACACAUAUAGGAUGAAGGAAGUUUGGGAAAGGCUAUAAUAGCACAAUACAGAAAAUAUAACAUACAAUAAAUACUUUUGGAUAGGUUAUACUUUUAAAAGAAACAAAAAACUUCUUACAGGACUUACAAAACAACAAUAAUUUUCAUGAAUGGAAAGCACUCAUCUUUUGUUGUUGAUUAUUAUAGUUCAUCCCUUCUUAAUUGUGCAUGUUUGACUAUGUUAACGCUCCAAACAUCUCCACUGUACUACUCUCUCCACUAAAAUGCAAAUAUAAUCCUGUUUUGUAACAUUAAUACGAACAAAAAUGGAAUGUACAAUUAUUUGUACAUUAUUUCUUUGUACGCUAGCAAGAAAAGUACCAUGAAGUAAGUGUCACCUAUUUCAUGUCUUCAAUAAUAAUAAAGACUAUUUAACUACUUUAAAAA